GUUCGUGCAGGCCGCAGCUGAUCGAUGCGUGUACGUGCAUGUACAGCUCCUCCUUUGCAGUAAUCCAGUGCGUCGAUGCAGAAAUUUCAAGCUCGCCAUUAUGAGCUUUCUUGACUUGUAUGAAAAACAUAUCUGAUCAUCUCCUCUCAAUGCUCUCACUAUAUAUAAAGCUUGUUAGCCUUUUUCCUUUUUGUCCAUGGAAAAAAUGGUUCCCAACUUUCCACCGAUCGCUUAGCUUAGCUAGCUAGCUUUAGUGGCUUGUCUCGAUCGAUCAUCUAUUCAUCUUAUUGUCGAUCAGAGACCAACCAUUUCGGCAUAUCGUUCGAUCUAUCGCCUAACUUUGCUGCUAGCUAGCCAUAUAUAUUUGGAUUUAUAUUGUUGUCAAAUACUAUAUCAGAUUGAUCGAUCGGUGAUCGGUCUAUGCCGUUGCUGCCGAUGACGAAGCUGGAGCUCGGCCACCGCGGCGAGGCGUGGGAGCCCGGCUGCCUCCGCGCCGUCGCCGGCGAGCUCCUCUUCACCUUCCUCUUCGUCUUCAUCGGCGUCGCCUCCACCAUCACCGCCGGGAAGGCGGCGGGUGGGGCCGGCGAGGCGGCGGCGGUGACGGCGGCGGCGAUGGCGCAGGCGCUGGUGGUGGCGGUGCUGGCGACGGCGGGGUUCCACGUCUCCGGCGGCCACCUCAACCCGGCCGUGACGCUCUCCCUCGCCGUCGGCGGCCACAUCACGCUCUUCCGCUCGGCGCUCUACGUCGCCGCCCAGCUCGCCGGCUCCUCCCUCGCGUGCCUCCUCCUCCGGUGCCUCACCGGCGGCGCCGCCACGCCGGUGCACGCGCUGGCCGACGGGGUGGGCCCCGUCCAGGGCGUGGCGGCGGAGGCCGUGUUCACGUUCACGCUGCUGCUGGUGAUCUGCGCCACCAUCCUCGACCCGAGGAGGGCGGCGCCGCCGGGGACGGGGCCGCUGCUGACGGGGCUCCUCGUCGGCGCCAACACCGUCGCCGGCGGCGCGCUCACCGGCGCGUCCAUGAACCCGGCGAGGUCGUUCGGGCCGGCGCUGGCCACCGGCGAGUGGGCCCACCACUGGGUCUACUGGGUCGGGCCGCUGGCAGGUGGGCCCCUCGCGGUGGUGGCCUACGAACUCCUGUUCAUGGACGUGGAGGACGCCGGUGGGGCCCACCAGCCGCUGCCGCAGGAGUGAAGUGAAGCCGGGGAAGGCGCGCUCACGUGAGGUCCACGUGGCUUCGGGAGAUUGCACGGCCGUGUGCGUGCGUUUUCGGCCGUUGAUUGGUGUAAUCUCCAGAUGGAAUUAUUUUUGUACGUUUGAUUUUUUUUUCCAUUUUGUUUAAAAAAAAUGGGAGGCGUGCGUGUAAAUUUGGGGUUUUUUUUUGUGUGUAUGUGCCGGUACAAGUGAGGUUUUGCUCGUUGAAAAUAUGAUGAAUAAUACGUAUUUCAAAUAUUGUUCGUGUCUGA